UUAAUCACGUUACAACCCGGAAGAAUUGCCUUUCUCUGAUUAACGUUUGAAUAGACAAGAAUGGGCAAUUUAUCUUUAAAAUAAACGGGUAAACACGAUGUUGCCUACCUCGUAGAGACUCAUUAGUUAUAUUUCUGUCCAAGUAUUUGGGGUAAAAGGCGAAGGCAGUCGACUCGAAUCGUUAGCUAAUCGCAUUUUACACGAAGGAAACAUGGCUGAGUUGCAUGUAGUGGAACCGAGUGCCACAGCGACCAUAGAGCAGAACGAGCACCGGGACGUCAGGGGCUCUAUGCGCUUGGCUUCGCCCACAUUGAUGGUUCCCCAGCGGACGAGCCAGCUCAGCCCCGGGGUGUCCAGCAGCAGCAGUGGCCGUUCCGUAUUCGGAUUCCCGGUAAAAAGCAACCCCAGCUCACCGUCUGAACCCGCGGAAAAGCCAGGAUCCCGCUGGGUUCGCCUCAAUGUUGGUGGUACAUACUUUAUUACGACCAAGCAAACGCUGUGCAGAGACCCCAAGUCAUUUCUUUAUCGACUGUGUCAAGAUGAUCCUGAUCUGGACUCUGACAAAGAUGAGACAGGCGCUUACCUGAUUGACAGAGAUCCCACAUAUUUUGGACCCAUACUAAAUUAUCUUCGACAUGGGAAGUUGAUUAUGGACAAAAAUUUGGCAGAAGAAGGUGUUCUAGAGGAAGCAGAAUUUUAUAACAUAGCCUCUCUGGUGAGGAUGGUUAAGGAGAGGAUACGUGACAACGAGAAUCGGACAUCUCAGGGCCCUGUGAAGCAUGUUUAUCGAGUGCUGCAGUGCCAAGAGGAGGAACUCACACAGAUGGUCUCCACCAUGUCGGACGGCUGGAAGUUUGAGCAGCUUAUAAGCAUUGGCUCCUCCUAUAACUAUGGCAACGAGGACCAGGCAGAGUUUUUAUGUGUAGUUUCCAGGGAACUCAACAACUCCACCAACGGCAUUGUCAUUGAGCCCACUGAGAAGGCCAAGAUCCUUCAAGAACGUGGCUCGCGGAUGUAAAGAGACCAGACCCUGAGCUAAAUAACACUUUAUCAACACAACAACAUCAUGGACAUCUUCUCAAUGAGUUUACUUACCCCCUUCAAUUACCACCCUCAUUGUCAACACCAUCCCUGCCCUUCUCUGGUGUGCCUUUCCACAGCGGGAUGCAACACAAACCAUUACCUGUGUAUGGUUAGCUGUGAGGACCACUCCGGAGGGACUUUCAAGCAGGUGGAGCAGUUUUUCUUGUUGCAGCUUUUACGGUCAGUGUCCUUGGCAAAUCCAGGCUACGGUGCUAGAUGGUAGCCCCUUUGUUUGUGUCAGUGGAAGCACACACACAGAGCUACUAUUAUCAUUAUUCGUAUCAUUAUUAUUAUCACUGCACUUUGAACUGAAUGGAUGCCUUUCUCAUAUGUUUGGCAAUGAUAACUUAGCAGACUUCUCCUCAGGAUUUAAAUGGACAUUAAGGAAUGAAGACAACUCUACUGACUGAGCCGUUUUGUGUUUCGAAUUGAAUUAUGGGAUGAGCAGUAGAUGUUAAAAUGUCACAGUUUUAGCACUGUCUGUGUUCACAAUACAUCCCUGGCUUGGUUCAAUUCCUGUUAAAAAUCUGGAAAAAAUAUUACAGUUUAUUCAGUUGGGACUCUUUUUAUCAAGAUGUGCAAGAAAUAAUUGUUUUCAUCUCUCACAAUUGUAAUGUUAAACACAACUUAAAACAACUGACACAACACAAAAAGACAAAAACCUGUGUACAAUUUGUCAAGGCAUGCGAGGAUUCUAUAUAAAUCUAUAUAGACAAUGGAAUUAUAUGAAAAAAAUGAAUGCAAAGGUGUUUGUUGAUUUCUGUAUCAUAGUCAUAUUAUAACAUAUAAUGGUGAGGAAGUUUAUUUAAGACGUUCAAUAUCGGUUUCCUAAUUGUUUCCCAUGUGGUGAUAAGGUUAUGUAUGCAGUGCCUCUGCUUUUCAAAAUGUCAACAUGAUCUGCAUGUUUCUAAAGUGACAUCCCAAAAAUCAUGUAAAGUGCACAUGACAGGUUUCCAUCUUUUUCUAAUUAUUACCUCAGUUGGUGGGAUAGUACCUUUGUUUGUAGGUUAUAAGGUUAAUGUACACUUUAUUGUUCCUGUAGUGAAAUUUGUCCUCUGCAUCACCCAUCUUGAGUUAAGCUUGGUCACGACUACCAUAGCUGAAGGACUUUAUCUUCAUUUCCUUCAACCGGUGAAGUGGCAUUUUGUGAAGAAAAGUUGAAAAAAGUGGAAAAUUACUGGGAGCAGAGUUUUAAAAAGGAUCUAUGCCAUCAAUACAGAAACUCCCAUCUAAAAUGCACAGACAAUUUACACAAAAGGAAGCCAUUUUUCCUGAAAACUAAUAAUUUCGAUUGUAUAAAUUGGCCUUUGUAUGCUAAGUAAUGAUGACAAUGACCAAUAAUAAUGACAAUAAUGUGUGUCCAAAAUUGUCAAAGUAGUGAAAGGAGAAAUGACUAGUCUAACCUGUCAUAUGCACUUUAAUGCCCCUGUUUGGCUCUGUGCAUUCUAGCUAGCUCACUGUGUCUCAGACCUUAUGCUGAUAUUUAUUAAAAGCGUAAACUAUAAAAUAAACAACCAGUUAAAAUUAAAAUAAAGACUAUCUGAUUGUUUUUAAAUCUAUAAUGCUUCAAUUUGUUGUUUUAAUUUUUAUCAUGCCUCAAAAUUAGCAUUAGCUUUCUCCCUUUCCACUGCCUUGUCUUUAAAUAUUUCUUCAUUUUAGUGUGACUCGGCAAAAAACCCAGAUAGAGAUAAAAUUGGACAGGAAGUAGUGACACUAACAGUGAGGUUGUGCUGUUGUGCACAGAGCCAAUUGCCAUUUUUUAUAACUUAAAAUUAUAAAUGGAAAUGUUACAGUUCACUGUUGGUCCAGGGAUGCUGCCUGACUGUGCAGUUCGUUUGCAGCCUCAAAACCUGAAAAGCACUUGUUCUCCCUGGUCUUGUGCUAAUCUGCGAGUAACAUCCUCCUUUUUACAUUAUGUUCAAAACAUUUUGCAGCACUUGUAGCAACAUAACUAUAAACUAAACUGUGCUCCUCAUGCAUAAGCUAAAAUAUAUCUAAAAUAAGUCACUAAAGUUAAGUUUUUCAAGGCUAAAGCAAGCAUAAACUCUGUUUCUUUUUUCUGCCAUCAGACAUUUCUUGUUGUGAAAGACAUUACUUUGCUUUUUAUUGCACAUUACAUUACAUUUAUAGCAACAUUAAUACAUGUUUUUCCACCAUUAUAAUCUAUACAUGCAAAAACCUAAACCAAUCAGCAGCAAUAGGCAUUUUUACCAUCUUUUGUGUAUCAUUGCUUAUAAUGUUGUUCUAAAUGUAAUAACUUUUAGCUCUACUCAUACAUAUCAUUGUGUACACUUGACUGUGGCAGUAGAAAUCUGUGCUCCAGAAAUCAAGAGAGGAGCUUGUAAUCUUUAUGUGAUAUCAUAUACAUACACUAGCAUUGAGCACUUGGGUAAACCAUUGUUUGUAUU